CUAGGUGAUAAUGAUAAUCUCAGCCACAACUACAUAAUAUUAUUCAACUAGUAAUUUAUUUAUUUUUGCCAUAUUUAAAUAAUGUUUAAAAUGUUGUGUGCCUCUUUUUUAUAGAAGGGGAAAUUCACACAAUCUUCAUGCGUAUAUGGGUGUGUGUUGUCGGGAAAAAUCUAUUCUUGUCUUUCAGGUUUCUUCACGUACCUGUGAGUGUGAGGGGGAGGAGAUUUGACAUAACUUCCUUCUAAUGUCACUCUUUUUCAUUUCACUCUGCUGUGUUUAUGCCUACAUUAGAGAAGUUUUUUAUUUCUACUAUCUAGUUUUUUGAUAAUUUUUUUUUUUCAUUUGUAAAAUCCUUUCUUGUAUAUGUGAUAAAAAGAUUUCAGAAUGGCGGAAAGUGUCCUGGACACUCCAGACCUGAAGGAUCUACAGGAAGAAGAACUGUGGGGUCUUAUCAAUGAUAACCGUCAUGCCAUUUGUCUUGGUAUCCGUCCCUGUGUUCUCAUACCUUACCUUCGGCAGGCACGUGUCCUUACUGACCUGGAUGAGGAUGAGAUUCUCAACUGUCUCACAUUGAUCAACCGCUCCAUGAGGACCAGUCAUAUGCUUGACUUGUUACGUAUACAGGGUCGUAAUGGUGCUAUGGCUCUGCUUGAAAGUCUGAUGAUUCAUUACCCCACUCUCUACACACAGAUCACAGGCCGCCAGCCCAGCAUUGAGCCUUCACGCUUCAGCGGCCUGAUAAAGUACACCGAGUUGACAGAGUACCUGGUUCAUGCUGUGAGCAGUAUGCAGAAAGAGCUACAAGUGACACAACAUGAGUCUUCACGGCUGAGAGCUCAGUGCUGUGAACUGGAGGGAAAACUGGGACAGGCUGAACAAAAUAAUCAAGAGUUCUUUCAGAUACAGAGAGAGCAUGCACGACUGCACAAUCACCUUGAUGGUUUAAACAGGGAACUGUUGAAACUAAAAGAUGAGAAAUGUGAUCUCUAUGUAAGAUAUACUACAGCUCUUGAGGAGAAGUCUGCAAAUGUUAUACGCAACAGAGACCUGCAACUUGAGAUUUACCAGCUGCAAUGCGACUUAAGGAAGGCACAGAAGCAGACAGAAUUCCAGAGGCAGCAUUCUGUGAAAAAUUUAAGUGACACACAGAAGCUGAAAGAUGAGCUCAGUGCUGUACGUGCAAAGUUACUGGAAACUGAGACAUUCUCCCCGGUAAAGCAGGAUAUCCUAGCCCAUGAUUUAAAAGAGAUAGAGACCAGACGUUCAGAACUUGCUGAAGAGGUCAACAGAAUAAAUGAGGAAAAAGAACAACUCCAGCAAGAGAAAGAAGAACUCUUAGAAGAGAAGAACUCUUUGGCUUUGGAGGUGGCAAAGUUGACCGUGGACUGUGAGAUGUACAAGCACAGGAGCAUGCUGUUUCAGAGUCAGCUUGAAGAUGUGCAGGCAGAGAGAGACAAGGCAUAUCUGUCCCGUGAUGAAGCCCAGGCUCAGAUUGCACGUAGUCUUGCAGAAAAAGACACUUUGAGGAGCCAGCUCAUGGAACUACAGGAGAAACUUUUCACCAUGAAUGCUUGUAGCACGCAAAGAGAAAGAAGAGAAAAAUCGAGGGACAGGAAGUUCAGCUGUGAGAGCAGCCCUCCUUCCAGCCCAACACUAAGAAGACAGCCAUGUGAUUUAAAAACCAUCCAUCCUGAGUGCUUCAUUUCAUAUGAUGCUUCUGAGUUCAGUGAUGAACACAUCAGCAGUAUCAUUUCCAAUCAAGUGGAGCCACCCUGCUCUGAGUCUCUCCGCAGACGAGAUUUACACUUUUCAUCCAGAAGUGACAUAGAAGAUAAUUUCAGCAUUCAGGAUCUGGCUGAUGACUGCUUUACAGACGAUGAUUAUGUCGUCAUCGCAAAAGGACAUUGCUUGGAAGAGUCAGUUUCAUCAUCAUCAAUUUCCAGUCCUAUGAGUAAAAGGAGCCAUCCUGACAGUGUCUCGAGAGUAUCAGCUCCACCCUUCCUAAUGCGUUCCAGACCUCAGGCCCUGCGUAUCACUGGUCGCAUACUCACCAUAUUUUUCCAAGGGGAAACGCUAUUGAACCAAAUACAGAUCAUUGGUGGCAAUAAGACUGGUGUGUUUGUGCAUCACGUGACUAAAGAAUCUUCUGCUCAUAACUCUGGCAUCAGCCCAGGCACUCAGAUACUUCAGCUGAAAUAUGAGCGGAAACGGAGAGCUGUACAAAUGGUUCUGGAAGACACCACUAUGGAGGAGGCCCUUUGGGCCCUAGGCCAAGUCCAAGGGCCAUGCCACAUUACACUGAGACCCAACCAAGAUGCCUAUGAGAACCUGCUACAACAACUAAAGAACGAUGAAGUGAUGUCGGGUGAUUCGUUCUAUGUACGUGUUAACAUGACAUUGCCGGGGGAUGUAGCAGGAAAUCUGUCUGUUAAGUGUAAUGACAUUAUCCAUAUUACAAACACUUACCAUACCAAUGAUGGCUUCUGGUGGGGCAGUCAUGUGCAUCCUUGUCACCUGGAAGAUCUUAAGAGUGGGGCUCUGCCCAACUACUACAGAGCACAGAGGCUAUUAAUCAGGGCCAUAGAGGAUAUGACCUACUCUCGCAAAACGCACAGAAAGGGGAGAACUGCAGCUGAGGAAAAACAGAGAGUGGUGAGGAUUGUCAGCACGAGUCAGCAGAGAAGAAACCCACUGUGGGUCAGUGUGGAAGAUGACAACAGCAAAAGCCAGGACAAGGAUGGCUGUUUGCCGAGCAGAUGUCUGACCCUGAUGCCCUUCACACUGGUCACACCCCGAUUCCCUCCCAUCUGCCGCCCAGUCCUCCUCCUUCCCACAAUCCUUGGCCGUGUUUUGCACAAGCGCCUGGCAGAACAGGAAGGUUAUCAGCUCUGUGAGCCAGAACUGCUAAUGACUAGUGAGCAUGGCAUGCAAAUGCAGAAGGGGGAGAUUCUUGAAGAGUGUGACUCAAAAACACACCUUUGCUAUACACUGCAGGGAGUUGAGAAGAUCAUGAAACGGGGUACUCACUGUGUUUUACCUUUUGGUUUGGACUGUGUGUGUCGUCUCCAUCGUGCUGAAAUCUUCCCCAUCAUUGUCUACAUCAUAUCAACAGAGAGAAGUCUCCGCAGAUUGAGACACAAACUACGGCAGAACAGCGUUACUGAAUCUCAGGUGCUGGAGUGUUCCUGCAGCGAGGAGCCACUUCUAGAUAAACUGCCCUGCCUUUACCGAAGUAUUCUGCCAGAAAGCUGGCAUGACACCGCCACCCUAGUGGACACUCUUAAAACUGUGGUAACAGAGGAACAGAACAAGAUUGUGUGGGUUGAGUCAGAUCCAUGGUGAGGCAACAAUAGGAGUUUAUGGCAAAAAUGGAGGACUGCUACAGAGCUAAGAUUUUUUUUUCUACUUUGGAAUCAAUGGGUACCAGCAUUUUUCAAAAUGUCUUAUUUUGUGUUUAUAAACUCCUAAAAGUUUAAAACAUGCAGAAGAAAUGGUGAGGUAAAUUUUAUUUUGGGGAGGACAACUAUAACUACACUAUCUUUUAAAAGUUUGAGGACAGUACGAUACUGUAAUGCAUAUAAAUAUUUCUUACAUAUACAGUAAUGGCAAUUGAUGGAAGUUAAUAAUACUCUAGACUUGUAUAUUGCUACAAUUUUAAAUAAAUGCUGCUCUUUUAUUCAGCAAAUUCUGUCAAAAAUAUUCAGUAGAGCGACUUUUUUCAAUCUUAUUAAUGAUAUGAAUGUUAAUAUUGGAGCACCAAAUCAACAUUUUCAGCUUAAAAUUUAAACAAAUUUAUCAUUCUGCUAGACCAAGCUGUCUUUAAUAUGUUGUAAAGUAUAUUGGCUUUUGUUUACUCUCGUGUAUUGUUUAACUUAUUACAGUCAAUUUAAAACUGGAAAUGUGUAACUUGUGUAGCUAAUGUUCUAUUUUAUUGUUGUAUAUUUUUUUCCUACAAAUCCUGUGACAUGUUUUAAAUAUAUUUAUUUAAUUAUGUAAAGAUUUUUACAAUUGAUGUAUCCUUCUGCUCAUCUAAAAAAACAAGUCAAGCAGCAGUAUAAAGCUUUUCAUUAACUCUAUACUUUUCCAUGAGAAAUGUCAGCAAGCAAUCUAUUAAUCUCAAGAAUGUUAAUAAAUCCUACAAAAACAGACCAAUGAA